CCGUGUUUGCGCUAUUAAAGUUUUUUUUUUCUGUCUGUGAGAAAUUGGUAGUAAACUGAGACAUUCUAAAGUGGGAAAACUACAGGCAGCCGUGAAUUACGGUGGGCACGCAAUGUCCCACUUGGGUUCUAUCAAUGGAGUGAUAGCAGACGGAGUGAUAGCAGACGGAGUGUUCCAGCUGCCAGAUGAUGCUCCAGUGCUGGAGCAUGGAGCCAACGCACAGGUAGAAGAAUUCUUGGGUGAAAAGGUGGAUUAUGAUGAGGAAGCGGAGGAGAAAAGAUAUUAUCGGCGCAAGAGACUCCUUACGGUGAAAAGUGUGGUUUUUGCAAGUCUAGGAGCAGCAAUCACAUAUGGAGUAUAUUUGGGACUUUUGCAGAUGCAACUGAUCUUGCAUUAUGAUGAGACAUACCGUGAUGUGAAAUAUGGAAACAUGGGACUGCAGGAUAUUGACAAUAAGAUGCUGAUGGGCAUUAAUGUGACACCAAUUGCCGCAUUACUCUAUACUCCAGUUCUAAUAAGGUUUUUUGGCACAAAGUGGAUGAUGUUCCUCUCCACUGGUAUUUAUGCUCUUUUUGUAUCCACAAAUUACUGGGAGAGAUACUAUACACUUGUCCCUUCAGCCACUGUAAUUGGCGUCAUGAUUGUUCCAUUCUGGGCAUCAAUUGGCAAUUAUAUUACUAGAAUGGCUCAGAAAUACUAUGAGUUUGUCAACUAUAAGGAGGAGAAUCUACAAGAGCAUAACCGGGUACCACGAGGUGCUAGCCACAAAUAUAUCAUUAUCUUUCAAAGCAUAUUUUAUGCUAUCUUCCAUUUAAGUUUUGUGCUGUCACAGUUCCCAGUUUAUUUCUUUCUCGGUAACUUUCUGUAUCCAUUUGAGCACACGCUCUACAAUGUCCGUGAAUGCGGAGCCUCCAUACAGCAAGGAAUUCUCCCUAAAUUUAAUGUCACUGUUCUUCAGACUUUGCCUUCCAGCAUAAAUCUCAUCUAUGUGGAAAGUGUUCUAAUGGGGGCUGCUCUGUUAUCAAUGCUACUGAUCCUGGUACUUUGUGGCUCUGCAUAUCGUCCUACUGAGGAAAUUGACCUACGCAGUAUUGGGUGGGGUAAUAUCUUCCAACUGCCUUUCAAACAUGCCAGAGACUAUCGUUUGCGGUUUAUGGCACCUUACUUCCUAUACAGUGGCUUUGAAGUACUCUUUGCCUGUACAGGUUUCACAUUGUGUUACGGAGUAUGUUCACUUGGAUUGGAGAAGCUUCCAUUUCUUCUGACUGCCUAUGGUCUAUCAGCUUCUGUCUCCUCCAUCCUUGGCCUCUGCAUGCUCCGCCUGCCAAGACAGGUUCCUUUGGUGGCUGGUGCAUUGCUUCAUAUUUUUAUUCUGAUUGGUCUCUUUUUCUGGAGCCCAACACCCCGCCUGCAGUCACAAGGUCCUUUACUGUACACAGUGGCUGUACUGUGGGGCAUUGGGAGUGCUUUGAACAAGACUGGCCUAAGUAUUAUAAUCGGAAUGUUCUAUGAAGAUAAAGAACGGCAGGACUUUGUGUUUACCAUUUAUCACUGGCUUCAAGCACUUGCCAUAUUUAUUGUGUACCUGUGGUCUUGGCUUCCAAUGAUGGCCAAGCUGGGAAUUAUGUUAGCAUCCGCAAUAAUCUCUGUACUUUCGUACUUAUGGAUGGAGCGCAAACUUCGCUACGGAGUCCGUUUUCGCGUUCCAAAAAUACCUGCUCCACGCCACAAAGUGAAAGGUUACCGGUAUCUGGAGGAGGAAAACUCUGACGAGUCUGGUUCAGAUGGAGAAGAAAUUGAAAGUGGGGAGAGUGAAACAGAGGAAAAUAGGGGUGAACAUCGAGAUCAUAGACGCAGAAAGCGGAAUAAUAAGCAAUGCUAUGAGCAAGAAGUGCAGGAGGAAUAAUUAUACCUCCCUAGGCAGGAUACAUAUCAUAAAACUAGCUUAGACGGGUAAUGGCAGGACCAAGUUUGCCAAGUCAGUUAUGCUUUCAAUUUGGCUACUCUGGCCUUCAAUUUGAAUUCUCACUUAUAUGAAUUCACUGCAUGUACUUGUUUGUUAUGAUUUACAGAGUACAUUAUAUAUCUUAGAUUUGAAGCCAUCUGAGGCAGUUAAAGGUCACAGAUUAGAACUAUUAGAAUUUGAUUAAGAGAGAGAAAGAGAGGAAGAGCAGGAGUCUAUUGUGAUAACUCCAUCUCCAAAUAAUUAAUGCUUUGGAUAAAAUUAUGAUGCAAAAGCACAUCCAAUACAACAUAGUUAAAUGGCACCACCAGUAAAUAAGUAGCAAUAACACAGUUAGGAACCUGCAGUGUAGCACAGAACACCACAAAGCACCGGCUGUAAUAAAUUACAAACAUGUUCCAAUUUGAGAAACCACAGUAAAUAGUAGUGCGCCUAUAAGACGCUAGUGCCUGAGUAACCACAGUGAUUCAAUGGCCACAACAGCGCCAAAUAUAAAGUACUGAUGCAAGUAUUAAAGUACUUCAAAUGCAUAUAAAUUAUAGGACAUCCAUUGCUGGACAUAAUAAUUAGCUGCACAACCUAAUGUUGGAGGUGUGCUUCCAGGUAGAUGUAGUGACGUAUACCACAGUUACAUGAAUGUCUGCUCAUUUCAUCACUUUUUGGACUUUGCCAAGACAAUGUGAUAAUGACUGAAUGAGACUGCACUACUAAAUAGCCUGCACAGAACACUGCCACAAACAAGGAAGGCACAAAACCAGUAACACACGAUUAAUUAAAUUAGCCUAUAACUCAGCCACUAUAAAACUCCCUUCUUUUUUUAAAGAGGGAAAAGGAACAUAAAAGUAUGUACCGGUAUAUUGUAUUUAAUGGAAUAAAUAAUCCCUAUAUAAACAGUGGGUUUAAAAUGCCCGUAUGAUAUAAAAAUCCUAAUUGCUACCAAGCGACCAGCCUCAGUCCAUCCUAAAACUAUCAAAAUAAAGGUGAUCUCACCUAAAUCACAAUGUGUAUAUACAAUAAUCAAAAAUAUUAUGUUUGAAAAAAAGCAAACAUUCUUUCCUUUUCGAACUGAUGGGAAAAAAUCACAAAAAUACCAAAAUCAUGUGUGUAUUAACUAUUAAACAUACAAUGAAUUGCAUAAAUAUAUACAUUACAAAAUCCCUAGAUUUAUAUCCUCAUUGUCAUUUGGGGUUGAUGGUCUCUAAGUUAAAAAUACACUUAUACUUAUUUUAUCUGCUUUACCCAACUUUAAUCUGUUCCGUGUCCAUCACCAUUUAAUCUCCUAAAGUGCGGUGCCAUGAAUGUCUUUGAAUUCUUAAUAACAACGCAGUGCUUCCUAAAUCUCUCUUUUAAAUAUCCAGAGCAGGGGUCCCAAGGGUAGAUUCCCAGAUGUUUUAAAACUACAGCUCCCACGAUGCUUUGUCAUUCUAAGUGCAUGCAAAGUAUCAUGGGAGUUGUAGUUUUACAACAUCUGUGGAAUCUAGGUUUUGGGCACCCCUGAUCUAGAGUUUUGGCCCACAGAUUGUAGGCUACAACUACACUGGAAAAGACAGACCAAAAACUACUGUGAAUCAACGUGUCAGGGUAUAUUUUAAACCAGGUAAAAGGAAGCACUAUCUCCUAACCCCUGCUUUAAAUUUUGGCAGAUGACACAUUUUUACUCCUACACUUAAAAUUACCUGAGAUUGUAUUUAUAUCUAAGAUCUCCUCUAUGUUAUCCUCCACACAAAUGCAAACUGAUUCCGGGCACAUGACCCAACUGGAGCAAUCUUAUCUACAAUAAACACUUUUUUGUUUUUUAA